GGCGUUUUGGCAAAAAUUACGGCGUAGAAGUAGCAAUUAUCUCUCUCGACACAACACAACGAGCGUGGUAGUAUUAUUUUUUGCAUACCAUACUCAAGAAGAAACCAAGAAGAGAGAAGGAAAAAGGCAGACGACCCCCACACCCGUCCUCGUUUCGAUUGUUAGCACGGGGCACACAUGAUCGAAAAACAGAGGGUUUGGACAUCAUGGAUCGAUCGGCCCAAUCCUUCGCGGACUUUAUGAGAAGCAACGAUCCCGAGAACAACAAGGGGAUCGCGAAAAAGAGAGGAUCGAUCGGGGACGGGGACAGCGAGGAGGACAGCUUUGGCAACAGCGGGGACCUGAUCGGGUCGUCCUUCCCUCCGGAUACGCAGAGGCACCAGCAGGAACAGCACCUGCAGCAGCAUCGUUCGGGGCGUUCCGGGGUCGAAGCGGCGGUAGCACUCGCACCUCCCCCCGCUCCCCGCCGCAGAACGGGAGAUUCGACGAGCCACUCGCACUCGAAUUCGCACUCACACUCGGAUUCGAACACGAACAGCUCGAGCAGUCAUUUGACGGGUCCGCACCACAGCCUCGAUUCCUUUCACCAGAACGCUCCCGUGGCCGUGGCGGCGGCCGUGUUUGCGACAAACUCGACGGUAGGCAGCAACCACCCCAGCUACGGCAGCACCAGCGAGUUUCCCCUCGACCACGGUGGCGGUAACAGCAACAGCAGAAACAGAAACGGCCACAACUACGCACCACGCCACAAUCUUCGGCACCACCACCACCAGCAGUCCGAGCGAAAGCAGCCCCCGCCCUCUCAGUACGACGCUCGGCCGAACCUGAAAGACGAUCUAUCCUAUUCGUACCAGCAACAAAGCUUCGACGAGGACGAGACCGACCGAAACAGACCCGGCUUGAAUGCUCGCCACCAGGCGAAGGAACGCCAGCACGAGGAAGCGCAACCGGAACACCCGUCCCCGUACCAGCACUAUUCGCUCCCGGCCAGCGGCGGCGAUCGAUCCGACGAGAUCUACGGCACAUACCGCGGCGGUGGCGGUGGUCCGGCGAACACUUCGAGAGCGCACGGCGGUGCCGAUGGUGUCGACGCCCUGGAUCGCAAGCUACCCGGCACCCCGAGCCGCGACGGCUCCCGCCACAGGCGCGCCUCGCCGGGCCACGAAAGCAACCGGAGCGGCGGAAGCAGCGGCGCCAGGAGCAGUGGCAACGGCAACGUCAACGGCAAUCCACGACCCCUGCCCCGGCCGGGGAAGCCGCCGGGCCCGACCGCGAGGCCCGUCUUGCCAAAGUCGUUUGCCCCGCGGCUGGGCCACCGAAGCCUGUUGCUGUCGUCGUCGUCGUCGCAGCAGCCGCAGGCGUCGCUCGGCCUCGAACAACGAGUGAUGGCGAGCACGAUACAGGUGGAAUGCGUUGGGUGCACGUACCUUAUCAAAAACAUUCCAAGGAAUGCCAUUGCACUGGAAUGUCCGCAAUGCCGGCGAUUCUUUCCUACCGUGACGUGCCGCGUGGUGCAAUAGGAAACGAAUGAAGUACUACCAAUAUAAUUGAAAAUCGCACUUGUCUCGGCAGAUCUUUUUUCGGUUUUGUUUGAAGUGGUCCCAAACAGUUUGGAUUUUUGGUACCAAAACAGGAUUGAGGUCGGGAUAGUCAAAAUUCUGGAAUAUUGCAUUAAUGUCCUGCAUUUUCAGGUUUCAAUGAUUUGAGCCUCCAAUCCAGACUUGGGAGUGCGUGCUUUAGGGAAAUAGAUACGGUUCUAAUUCCAUCACUGGACUCGUACUCUUCAGAAACAUGGAAUUCAAGGAUGGUUCAUCCAUUUCCUAAGGUGAUAACAAUUUUGACCUUGGGUACUUUUACAAUUAUCUCGCAAUCCAAUAAGUAGAAGGAAUAACGGUAGCAUUAGUUA